GCACCGAGGUUUCCGGCCUAGCUCACUUCCGGCCAUUGGGCUGCUGACGCUCUCUUCCGGUCUCGGUGGCCCGGGAGAGGCCUGUGGGUUGUGCACGAUGAGGCUGCUGGCAUCCGUGGUGUUGGCGCUGUUUGCUGUCAGUCAUGCAGAGGAAGGAGCCCGGCUGCUGGCCUCCAAGUCACUGCUGAACAGAUAUGCCGUGGAGGGGCGAGACCUGACCUUACAGUACAACAUCUACAACGUCGGCUCCAGUGCUGCGUUAGACGUGGAGUUAUCCGAUGAUUCCUUCCCUCCGGAGGACUUCGGCAUUGUCUCCGGUAUGCUCAACGUGAAAUGGGACCGGAUUGCCCCCGCUAGCAACGUCUCGCACACUGUGGUCCUGCGCCCACUCAAGGCCGGCUAUUUCAACUUCACCUCGGCAACCGUUACUUACCUGGCCCAGGAAGAUGGGCCUGUCGUGAUUGGCUUUACCAGCGCCCCUGGACAGGGAGGAAUCCUGGCUCAGCGGGAGUUUGAUAGGAGAUUCUCCCCGCAUUUUCUGGACUGGGCAGCCUUCGGGGUCAUGACGCUGCCCUCCAUCGGCAUCCCCCUGCUGCUGUGGUACUCCAGCAAGAGGAAGUACGACACUCCCAAGACCAAGAAGAACUGAGGGGUUCCUCGGCCCUCCCUGCCCAGGAGAUGCAGGUGCUUUCCAGACUCCGGAGGGUCUUCGAGUGCGGUCUCUCGUCCCCUAGCCCCUGCCACCUUCUGGAUCCUGCCUGCUCUCAGCCAGAGUGAAGCACUAGGCCUCGGAGUCUGUGAAAGCCUCCUCAUUCACUCCUGAAGCCAUAAAAGCAGGAAUGCCUCCAGCAACGCCCCUGGUGCCCUCAGUGGUGCAGCAGUGUGAACUCUGAGGGGCCCAGGAGGGGCACUCGGGAGACUGCCGGACUCGACCCCCAUCCCCGGCCCUCCCCUCUCGGAAGAGGCUGGAAGAUCAGAUGAAGGCUAAGGGACUCUCAGAGGCUACGCAGUCUCUGUUCUGGGUCAGGGGAGCACUGACCAAAUGGGGUUUUCUAAUAAAAACAGAUGCCACGCUGA